AUGUUAGAAGGAAACCCGGCCCCGAACCAUUAUUAUCCAAAAAUGGAUCCGGUUUUGAAAAAAGCGCCGCAGCCGUCAUUUAAAAGGCGCACGCAUUUUGGACGUCCCGACAACGUGACGCCAAGUCCAAAUAAGUACACACUGCAAACGGGCUACCCAAAGCCAUGCAAAAAAUCUCCUUGCGGAUCGAUCAAACCGUAACAGCCACUACAUUCACUCAAAUACCAAUAAACCGGAUUUUUCGUAGAUAUGACGUUUUACCUGUUCACAGUCGGUUCCAGCAAAAGUCUGAAGGUAACCCAGCCCCGAACAUCUAUCACGUGCCAUCAACGGCAAAGUACAAAUACGGAAAAACUGCAGCGAUAACCAUGACGCCCAUACGAGAACCAGUUAUCAAAGCCGAUUCCGUCCCGCCACCCAAUUUGUACAGUUCACAGGCCGGAGUACAGUGUUCGAUCAAAAGUCCGUUGUUCGGUCAGAAAUCCAGUUAUAAGCGGGCUGUUUACAUGACUGUCGAAGAUUUUAUAUAA